AUGCUAGACGAAUUCGACAUGGUGUCAUUCGGCCAUCUGCCAUUCGAUCUCUAUGUCAUGGACAAAUGGGACCCCGAUUCACCGCUCACAAAAGCCCAACAAUUCCGCGCCCUUGUUCAUUCUUGGGUUCGGCUUGGUAAAAAAGGCCGCAAUAAAUACCCAGAUGGCGACGAUCUCUCUCCCGAGGAGAUUCCUCCAUAUGUACCUCAAGAUCUGAUGUCCGAUGAACAUCGUGCAACGGAUGGGCAGUCAGCGAGAGUACUCUGGAUUCGGACGUGGUAUGGGCGGGAAAACGACCCAACAAGUCAGAGUGCCGCCAAUGCCGGAUACAACCGUCUACGCUCAAUUGUUGAUGACAAUGAUAUCGACGCAGGUCUAAAUGAAGAUAAUUUCUUCGAAAAUGAAGAUGAAUUUGGAUCUGGUAGUUUCACUAUACCUGAAGGGGAAACUGAAUUUAUCGAUGGAGUCGCCUGCGGCACGCCAGGCUCUGUGCCUUCAUACAUGAUCACGGCCUUAAUGCGCAAAGCAGAUACAUUAGACGGCUUAUCGGCGCGCGAUUGGCCUGAAGAGCUCUACAAAAACGACCCUGACCCAGAUAUGAUGCAGUGUCUCAUGGUCGUUGUCGCUGAUCGGAAAGCGUGUGAAGAAGGCUGGGUUUUGUUCUUGGCUGUGAAUCAUAAGGGAGAGAUUCUUCCUUUCCGGAUUCGUGAGAACGCUGACAUGGCAACUCUACUGAUAUUUAAUUGCAUGGAUGGACAGAGUUUGGACGAGAAUACUCAGGAUCCUAAAGAGGAUAUCGAAUGUUACAUACGCGAGGGCGAUGGCUGGGCCUGCUGA